AUGGUCAUUAUCAUUACCAGUAUCUGUAUCCGCAUCUGGAUGCUUACCCUCCUUCCUCAAAUCGACGAGCGCGACCUGAACCUCCUGCCCCCGACCCGGAAAUUCACCCAUGUCCUCAACCCCCCCCCCCAAGUUGAGCGUAACAAGCACAAGCACAAACGCAGAUACAUUCAUUACAACCAACAAAACGACACGGACGAAAGACGCUCACUGCAUUGCCUACAUUACAUUGCAUUGCCUUACAUUAUCCGCGGACACCGUACCUCUCUUCUCGACCUUUUUAAUUUCCCUACUCGCGAUUCCCUGCACCCGCGGAACUGGAUCGUCGUGCCCACUAUUCGCAUCCAAUGCGCGUAUUCCCUCCCCGAGCUUGAACCCGCCAAACAGACAGUACGGGUACCGCCGCCGCCUGCUCGUAAAGAGUACGACAAUUCCGAUCCACGACUCGCGGGUAACGCCAUUGAACCCGAAACCAUGGAUGUCGCCAGUGAAAGCGGAGGAGGCCUGAGCAAGCUGCUGCCUAGAGCCAUCGUAGCCAAGCGACGCCGCAGGAAGCAAGAGGCCCGGGAAGACGAUGCCGCCGCAGCAACGGCGGCGAUGCUGUUAGGGGUCAAGGGCGAGGAUGUCACGGCUCCCGUUGACGCGCCCGCUGCACCACUCCGAGACAGCUACAGCUACGACUACGGCGACGGCGACGACGACAACGCCAGCUAUCUGUCCACCAGGCGUGACAGCGGCUCCUACGUCCACGACACGGACACCCUCUCUAACAAGGAUAUCUCGACCGGCUUCCCCGACUUCGACUACCAGCACUUCCGUGAGCACGGCCACGACGCCGCUGCCGACGAGAUCAGCACCAAAGCCACCAACAGCAUGGUGACCCUCGACGAAUCCGACGCUGACCACUGGACCAUCUCUAACCUCGUCCUCUUCCCCCCUCUCUCUAGAUCUUCUUUCCGACCAAAUGCCAUUUCCACGCAUCCCUCGCAGAUAGGUUACUUGACCACCUCCUCCCCGAUCGUUCAGGCAUCCCAUUUGCCUGAACCCCAAUCGCAGAUACUGGACGACCAACUUCCCGAGAUCGCCUCGGCGCGAUCCACCACCUCGAUUAACUCGGCCAAGAGGACGCAAUCCGUCGAGUCGACGGAUUCCUCUCUACGCUCCAAGCGCAGCUUCACAGGCCUUGUGCCACCCAAGAAAACCACCACGAGGUCUCCCUCCCCCGUUGGUCGUCGUCUGAAGGGUGUUUUUACAAAGUCCAAAAAGUCCCCCAGUGCCGCCACGAGCCCUGAGCGUAGUGUGGUGGGCGGUGACGACACCGACGACGGCCGAGACACGCGCAGGACCAGAGACCGAGGCAGGGCUUCCGCCUCUGCUUCCACCUCUGACCUCAUUUCGACCUCGUCUGCAACCACAAAGCAACCGACUUUGGACAAACACUCUGCGCCACAACCGAAUGCGACAAACAAUGCCGGUGCAUCCCGCGUAAAUUCAACAACACAUUCACCUGAGCGACGUCGCUCGAGAGCCUCAACCACCACAUCCCGCAUCGAUACCUCCUUCGUGCCCCAAACCCCGCCCAACCCCGACAAGGCCACGCCCGUCAUCGUCAAUACACCCCCGACGCCGACCGAUCACAACGCACCCUUCGUGCAAUCUCCGCCGGGGCCACCUCCGCAACCCGUCGUCGAGGCUCCUACUGCCUCAGGCAACACGAAUGGUGGCUCUGCCACGGGUAACAUGAUUGCUCACCGCAGGGGUAGAUCAGGAUCCGGCAGCAUAGGGCCCAGUAAGCUUUCUAACAUCACCCUCGCCCCUUUGACGCCGACUCCCGAGAACGGCACCGCGAGCAACCCGGGCACCCCAUCCGCCGGUGGUUUCUUUUCAUCUGUCUUUUCGGCUGCCCAAAACGCUGCGACCUCGCUCACGAGCACCAUCCAGAACACCGGCAUUGGUCCGCCUCCGUCCAAGAGCAAAAACGUCGCGAAACUGCCCGAUAUUAGGAUCGACGAGCAACCCGAAGUCGAGCCCCCACCCCCAUCCGCAACAGGUUCGACCAUGGAGAAGGAGCCUGCUGUCAAGACCAUCGGGUCGGGCGAGCUUAGCCUCAGUCAACUGGGAAUAACAGACACAGGUAGUGCCGCCGGGACUCCCAUCACCGCCAAGUUUCCAGAGUCCGCCGAGGCGCGAGUCAGAAGCGAGUCGGCCCCGACUGAUGCUGCGUAUGCGGCCGCCACCCGCGAUCUUGGAGUAGACGACGGUAAACAGGCUACGAGACCCCAAUCGCUCUACGAACCGGGAAGCGGAGGAGACCACACGCCCCCCCAAGGCAGCAUCCACGAAGAUAGAAACUCUGGCGUGCAACGGAGUGGAAGCAUUCGCAGUGCCAUAGGACGCCAUCGCAAGCGAGGAAGCUCGGCUGUGUCGGGAGGUACGGCUACUACUGUUGGCGCUGCUAUUGCUGCGGCUAACGCAUCUGUCGCCCACCCUCAAGCAAACGCGAGCGUGCCGAAACUUACUGGUUUCGCGGUUGCGAGCAAGAAGCGCAAUCGCGACUUCCACACAUUGUUCAAGAGCGUGCCCGACGAUGACUACCUAAUCGAAGACUACAGCUGCGCCCUGCAGCGUGAAAUCCUGGCGCACGGCCGUCUGUACGUAUCCGAAGGCCACCUGUGCUUCAGCAGCAACAUUCUUGGCUGGUCCACGACACUUGUCAUGAGCUUUGACGAGAUUGUGAGCGUCGAGAAGCGGAGCACGGCCCUGGUCUUCAAGAACGGACUCAUGAUCUCGACGCUGCAUGCCAAGCACAUCUUUGCCAGUUUUACGAGUCGGGACUCGACCUACGACCUCAUUGUCAACAUCUGGAAACUCGGACACCCCACCCUGCGAAGCUCAUUGAACGGGGUGCAGCUCGAGGGCACGGGCGGUGACAAGACGGAGAAGGUUGACGUGAAUGACGCCGCAGCACCCGAGGUUGACGAUGGCAGCCUAUCCGGCACCGACGAAGAAAGCGAAUCUGGCGACGACGACGACGACGUCUACGACGAGGACGACGAUGCCGAUGAUCUUCAAGAUGUCACGCAACUGUCCGAGGUGAACGCCGAGCCCGAAGGCGGCAAGACUGUGUCUCGCAAGGUCUCUGGCGCGGGGGCUAAUGGCGCCGUGGCCGACGUCGUCAAGGACGCUGUCGGUGUUCCGUCUGGCGGCGACGACUUUCCCGGUCCGGCCGCCCACGCCCCAACCGACUGCGGUGAUUCGGACACGCACUACGAGAGGGUCGUGGGAGACGAUGUCAUUCCGGCGCCUCUGGGCAAGGUUUACAACCUGCUCUUCGGUCCUGCCUCGGUUACUUGGAUGACGAAAUGGCUGACCGUCGAGGCCAAAUGCACAGAGCUGCAAAUGGAAGACAAGAAAGGAUUGACGCUCGAGAACAAGUCGCGCUACUUCACUUAUAUCAAGCCUCUGAACGGUGCCAUCGGCCCCAGACAGACAAAGUGUCUCGUAACAGAGACGCUGGACCACCUCGACUUCGAGAAGGGCAUCAACCUCAGUGUUACAACUCAGACCCCCGACGUGCCGAACGGCAAUAUCUUCAGCGUCAAAACGAAGUAUUGCCUGACGUGGGCGGAAAACAACUCCACCAGAGUGCAGUCCAACUGUACCAUAGAGUGGACAGGCAAGAGUUGGCUGAAGGGUCCUAUUGAGAAGGGUGCAAACGACGGCCAGACCCAAUACUGCAAAGAUCUGUUCGCCAGUCUCAAGUCGGCUGUAUCAACAAAGGUCCGCACCGGUGGUGCAGGCCCCGGUCCCAAGGGCAAGAAGAAGAGCAAGAAGAGCAAGGCGGCGGGCUCGGCGACGGAUGCUGAGGACGAGCAGGUGCGGCCCAGAAAUGUCCCCAAGAAGGACUGGGGUCCGUUGGAGCCCGUUCGGGGUAUCUUGGAGCCCAUCCUUGACAUCGUCAAACCGCUCAUGACAGGAAACAUGAUGUACGGCAUCCUGGUUGGCCUGCUCGUGGCUACAUGGUUCGGGUUUGGUCUCCCUGGCAGACAGGCGUCCGGAGACGUGCGCAUGUACGGCUACCCAGAUCGCCUUGCCGCAUACGAUGAGAUGUGGAGGCGUGAAGAGAGCGAGCUUUGGGAAUGGCUGGAAGAACGAGUCAGUUUGGAGCGACUUCACGACGGCAACUUGCCCACUCGCAAGAGGGCAAUUGAGCCAAGCACGGUGGAAGAGAGGGUCAGAGAAGACCGUAUGGAUGACCGGGAGAUUCAAGAGGCGAUCAAGGUGACGGAAGAGAAGCUGAAGGUGCUGAAGAGCGUCAUGGAUAAGAAGAAGCCCUCGUUGGGUUAA